AUGUUGCUAGAAACCGUUACUGGCAGCUUUGCAUCCUUCAUCUAUAAUGUCCGUCCUGACCACCUCUCUGAUGUGGUUCGUCAUCGAAGCAAACGGAUGAUCCUUGACAACAUUGGGGUUGGGCUGGUUGGCAGCACGCACUGCACGGGAUUCUAUAGCUGUUGUCCCUGGGCGGAAAUGUACUCUUCUAACCCCACCAGCCCGGUGAGCUCUGUCUAUGGAAGGCAAGGGUUGAAGUUGCCUCCUCCUCUGGCAGCAUUUGUCAAUGGUGUGGCGGUUCACUCAAUGGACUUUGAUGACACCUGGCACCCUGCCACUCACCCUUCGGGGGCCAUCCUGCCUGCUCUCCUUGCAGCCUCCCAGAUGGCACCUGCUGCUUCCAGACCAAACGGCCUGGACUUCCUGCUGGCAUUUAAUGUGGGCAUUGAGGUGCAGGGGAGGCUGAUGCAUUUCUCCAGUGAAGCCCACAACAUUCCCAAGAGGUUCCACCCUCCCUCUGUGGUUGGCACCAUGGGCAGUGCUGCUGCAUCAGCCAAGCUCCUCUCUCUGAAUGCAACACAGUGUGGUCAUGCCUUAGCAAUCGCAGCCUCACUGGCAGGGGCACCCAUGGCUAAUGCAGCAACCUCGGCCAAACCGCUGCACAUUGGUAAUGCCACCCGCCUUGGCUUAGAGGCAGCACUCCUAGCUGCUCGAGGGAUGGAAGCCAACCUUUUAGUUCUGGACGACAUCCCUGGCUGUGCUGGCUUCAAUGCUUUCUAUGAUGACUACAAGCCCAGGCCACUCCCACUGUCCACAAACAGCCAUGAGUUUCUCCUGGAGAAGCAGGACAUUGCAUUCAAGAGCUUUCCAGCCCAUCUGGGAAUGCACUGGGUGGUGGAGGCUGCCCUCUCAGCCAGGAACCUUCUCAUCAACCAUUCUGGCUCUCUGACCCCUUCUACUAUCCACACCAUUAUCCUAAGGGUGCCAAUAUCUAAGUACAUCAACAGGCCCUUCCCUGAAUCUGAACACGAGGCCAGGCACUCUUUCCAGUUCAAUGCCUGCACUGCCCUCCUAGAUGGCAAAAUGAGCAUUUGCUCCUUCAGCAACGACAAUCUCCACCGCCAGGAGCUCAUGCAGUUGCUCUCCAAGGUGAUGGUGGAACACCCCAAGGACAAUGUGGCCAACUUUGACAAGAUGUAUGCAGAGGUGAACCUGAUCCUGCAGAAUGGAGACAUCCUGACAGGCCGGUGUGACAGUUUCUAUGGGCACUGGAGGAGACCCCUGAGCAGAGAAUCUCUUCUCAGAAAAUUUCAGACCAAUGCUUCUCAAGUUCUUUCCAAGGACAACAUAGAUCACUUGGUGAAAACAGUGGACUCCUUGGAGACUCUUACAGACAGUUCUUUGUUGGCUUCCUGUCUGUAAAGCUUAUGAAGUAAAUUCUAAACUACCAUCACAACAAAAAUGGGAAACAAUUUCUAAACUGUAUAGGAUAUCCUACCAAAUUCAAAACCAGUUUGCACACUUAGAAUAGCUUAUUAAUGUGAUUAUUCAUGAUUCAUUCCACUGGACUCUUUGUUUUAUUCUGCUUUUAAAUUAUUUUAUGUGUUCUGCUGGUCAGAUAGGAAACAGAUAAAUAUAUAGGGAGUCGAAGAGCUGCAAUGAAUUUUUUGGGGGGGGUUGGUGGAGAUUUUGGUUUCUGCAUUUUAUGAUGUUUCUUUUCUUAGUGAAAGUUUGAUUUUAAGUGUGGAUCUCAUGAGCUUGUGCUACAAGUUUGGUUACAAGGUUUCCUUGCUGUUGAGGAAACUGAUUAUCUUUGCUCUUUGCUUUUAAAUAUUUUUGGAACCCACAUUUAUAUAACACAUAGAUCUUUUCUUUCUAUUGAAAAAGGGGAGAUAAAUUCAUGACUUGGAAGUGAUUUUCUAAAUAUUUCAGUGGUGCAAAUAUAUUGAGGAGGAAGAAUUGUCACUCGGAAUCUGAAUUAAUAACAUUUUUAAUUUAUGCAAAUUAUGUUUAGCAAAAGCAAAUCUGUACUGUAAUAGUUUAAAUCUUGAAUUAAUGGUUGAGAUUAAAAAGUGUUUAUUACUUUUGCACAUAAAUUGGCAAUAUAUAUGCACCACCAGGACAGUUAAAAGUACACAGAGGGCAUCCAUUCAUGUUCAAAUAGAUUGCACAAAAACAUGAAUAACUGACUAACUGGAACCGAUUGUGCUGGGUAGCCAUGUUUUACCUGGGUGCUGAGUAGCCAUGUUGAGUCUAGUAGUACCUCACAGACAAACAGAGUUUCUGGCAGGGUAUGAGCUUUCAUGAGUCACAGCUCAUGUCUUCAAAUAUCUAAUUGGAGACUAGCUGUCCUAAUAAUUUUUACAUAAGAGUAAUCCAUCUUGGAAACAGUUCUCCUACUCAUAAUGUUACUUGCAUUGUAACAAU